GCCGAGUGACGUAACUUCCCUAGCUGCAGCCCCCCCCUACCGGCCUGUUACACGGUAGCCACGGUGAAAUCAACAUUUAAGAACAGAAAUAACAAUAAUAUUAAUAAUGGCAGACGAGGAGAACCUGCCGUCCGGAUGGGAGAAGAGAAUGAGCCGGAGUUCAGGCAAAGUGUACUACUUCAACCACAUCACUAACGCGAGUCAGUGGGAACGUCCAGUAGGAGACGGCCGUGGAGAACCAGACAAGGUCCGCUGCUCUCACCUCCUGGUGAAGCAUAAUCAGUCACGUCGACCGUCUUCCUGGAGGGAUCAAAAUAUCACACGAAAUAAAGACGAGGCCCUGGAAUUCAUUCAGAAGUACAUAGAACAGAUCAAGUCUGGGGAGGAGAAGUUCGAGUAUCUGGCUUCUCAGUUCAGCGACUGCAGCUCGGCCAAGAACGGUGGCGAUCUGGGACUGUUUGGCCGAGGUCAGAUGCAGAAGCCUUUUGAAGACGCGUCCUUCGCUCUCAGUGUGGGCGACAUGAGCGGUCCUGUUUUUACUGACUCUGGGGUCCACAUCAUCCUUCGUACCGGCUGAGAGAAAGGAAGCACAUACUGUACAAACAUACACACACACACACACACACACACACACACACACACACACACACACACACACACACAGUCCCACCCGACCAGUGCUGUGGUUUAUUUUAAUGACACAAUAUUUCAAAGCUUCUGGGCUGACUCGCAUUAUUAUAAAGUGGGAUUAUUUCAUUCCAGGCACUAUUAAACAUGUAUGAUCUAAUUUUUCAUUACACUGAACAUCAUGGCGUGUUGCAGAUUAUUCCCCCGUGUAAGACCUCAAGCUUUGAUUAACCGCGGCAGUGCUACGAUAGAAAAAGCAGCAGUGCCUGUGACUCUGACGUGACUCUGACGUGACUCUGACGUGACUCUGACGUUCACAGGACGACUGAAGCUUGAGGAUGCGUCCGAGUUUUUGUUUUGUUUUUUUGUAUGUGCAUGUCUUCAAAAAGGGCCAUUUACUGUACGUUUUUCCAGUGCGUUUCUUUCGACGGUAUGUGUGCCAACGCAGUUCCUCACUCUGUAUUAUAGCUUCACAAAAUAUAGAUUCUUAAGACAUUUAAGAUUCUUUCCGGCCAUUGCAGUCGGAGAAGGAUUUUGUUAUUCUGAGUUCUCUACAAUUUGGCAUUGAUUUGGAGAAAAAAAAAAAGUUUUGUCCCUUGCAGAUAUUCAGAAACAUAGAAUCAUUUGUUUCCAUUAUCUGCUUUAAGUUGAAAGUGCAUGCCCCACCCACCCCGAGUAUAUGCUAAGAUGGCGCUGCUGAAAACUUCCAGGUUUUAUCAAACACCUCCGCAGCUUUUAAAAGCAUCAAGGUUCCGAUGAAUUGUUACACUGUCGUGUCAUUAGAGCUCUUCUUCCAUCAAUAAAGGAAAUUCUUUUCUAUAA